UCCUUUCACUGUCGCUGUAUGCGCUUGAAUGAAUGACGAAGACACAAAGUCAACAAUAUAACAAACCUGUAUGGCUUGCUCCAAUACAAAUGUAAUCAAAGUUUAAUUAGGUGUAUAGAUUAACACUGACUGAUAUUAUAUUCAUAAACCCAGAUUAAAUGGAAGAAGCUCCAUUUCCAGUCGCUGGUGUUUUAAUUGCUGUUUUAUCCAGUUUUAUCAAUGGAUCUACGUUUGUGCUCCAGAAAAAGGGGAUACUACGAGCCCGCAAAUCAGGUCGGGUUUACCUAGCAGACUGUGUGUGGUGGUGUGGCACACUUGCAAUGGUUGUGGGACAAAUAGGAAAUUUUGUGGCAUACAAUGCUGCCCCAGCUGUUGUGGUCACUCCACUUGGAGCCCUGGGUGUCCUGUUUGGGGCCGUUCUGGCAGCCUGGGUGCUACAAGAACAUCUGAAUCUCAUUGGGAAACUUGGUUGUGCUUUGUGCUGCUGUGGUUCAGUUGUACUCAUCAUCCAUUCACCCAAAUCUCAGAAUGUCACAUCAAGAGCAGAACUAGAAGAGAGACUGAUGGACCCAGUGUUCCUGGUUUAUAUAUCAGUGGUGAUCCUACUACUGAUCCUUCUGAUUGGCUGGCUCUCUCCAGCUCAUGGAAAAUCCAACAUUAUGGUGUACGUGGGCAUCUGUUCCCUCCUUGGGAGUUUUACUGUACCCAGUAGCAAAGGUCUGGGACUGGCUGCCCAGGAGGCUUUUAGCGGGAUGCCUGCAAGUGACAGCAGGGCACUUUACCUCUUCCUGGGGUUGCUGGGAAUUCUCAUAGUCAGUAUAUUAAUCCAGUUCACCUUCAUCAACAAAGCCUUGGAGAGCUUUAGUUCUAGCAUGUUUGAAGCCAUCUACUAUGUGACUUUCACCACUUGUGUCAUCCUGGCCUCUGCUAUUCUUUUUAAGGAAUGGACAGCACUUGGCAUUGUGGACUGUUUGGGUAUUCUUUGUGGUUUCAUCACAGUAUCCGUUGGCGUUGCCUUAUUGCGUAUCUCUCAAGAUGCUACGCUUACUUGGGGCCAAACUAAGGCUAAAAAUGAAUAAGUUAUUUUGAAAAAUUUUUAU